AGUUGUGCAUAAAGGGUGAUUGUGUGAAACACAAGAAGGCACCACAAGUAGAUGGUGAGUUAUCAUUUAAUGUAGAUGGUGUGGUAUCCUCUAAAAGUAGAAGUCAGUUAUUAGUUACAAGAAGUUUGAUUGUUAUCAGUGAACGCAGAACAGUUAAAGAUGAUGACGGGUUAACAGUUAAAAUAGAUCGUGAGUUAUCUCACACCAUCACUUGCACUCUGCUAUCCUCUCACUCUCAAACGAUCACUUGCACUCUAAUCCCCUCUAAUUCUCAUAUCAGUUGCUCUCUGCUGCCCGCUCUUUCUCACCUUAGCAGUUGCACACUUCUGCCCUCCUUUUUUCACACUGACUACUGCAGUCUGCUGCUCUUCAUUCUCACUGACUACUGCACUCUGCCGCUCUUGAUUCUCACUCUGACUAUUGCACUCUGCUGCUCUCCAUUCUCACAUAAAAACCAUUACACUGCUGUCGAUUUGUCAACAGCAAUACACCCGCUCUUUUAAACCGCAGAUAAUUGUGUUUUCGGAGAUUCCACGGGUAUCGUCAGCAACAACAUGAAAUGUGGCGAGUACAUCAAAUUUGACGCGGGCGGCUGCUAUGACGACACGGUGCUGGCUUACUGUUGUGAUCUGUGCAAAAAACGCUACCGAGGAGUGAAAGGUUAGGGGAACCAAUGGGAACAUUUAUUACCUGUUCCCUGAACGUUUAAGGAAAGAAAUGAAACUUCUGCUGACCUUUAACUAAGUUUGUCACUUGAAUAAGAAUUAUCUAAAAGACGGUAAUUGUAAACAUUUUGUUUUUGAAAACUUAAUCCCAAUGGCUUAGAAACCAAAAUCUUAUUUUAUUUAUAUAUGUUUAACUAGUUUGACUGUCAGCACCUUAUCACGUCAAGUGUCAAGUACAUUCAUGAUCCAAUCAAUACACAUGUUUCUGUUACUGCAUUCACAUGUUUUUUUAACACAACUACUGCCAAUUGACAUUUUUCUAUAAUACAGCUACUGUGAAUUCAGUGCAUGUCCUAAAAAAACACCAUGCCUAUUUUAUGUUAAAUGUGGAAAUCUGAAUCGGUUCCACAUCACGGGAAUAAUUCUCUAUGAUAUUCAGUAAUGACAGCUGAUCCACCUAGUAGUGACGCACAUCACAAGAUCAGCCAAUCUGCAGUGUUUCCCAAACUUUCGACAUCUGUGCAUUCCUGUCUAUAAUUUUUUGAACACGAAUUACUCCUCGUUAAAAAAAAAUUAAUUGAAAAAUAUGUAUUUUCCCCUUUGCAGCUCGUACCCCCAUCAAACGCUUCCCGUACCCCAGGGGUACAAUCACCACACUCCGGGAAACAUUGAUCUACAGACAUACUGUUUUGUUUUUAAAUUUUACCUUUUAAACCAAGUGAUAUUUUGUUCUUUGCUUUCUGAUGCAGGCUGUGAAUAUGGUGACAAGAUCUCGGGCUGCGAAUCGGGGCAUUGCUCUGUCACCUCAAAUAUUCCGAUUUGCUGCAGAACCUGUAAUCCCGGUAGGUAUUCUGGGUGAUGUGGCUCUCUACUGCGGGCGGGGUAAUGUGGAUGACAGAGUUAACAGUGCGCGGAACAUCGAGUGUAAAGUGCAAUAUGCAGACAGUUUUCUUACUGGGGUAGCUCUAUACAUUUUUUUAUGACAUUGACUUUUAUGUUGAAGUUUAGUGGCAGUAGCACGGGUCAGGUAAAAGGGUCGGUUGUAGCGGUAAGGUAAGUCAGGCUGGUCACUAGAGACGCGUGUCUGCUGGGCACUAAUCAAUAAUAAUCAACAGCUAGAAGACGUGCGUAGACUAGAAGACAGCCCCCACUUCAACUCAUCCUUCUUGCAGCAGCCAAAACAUGGUAAACGGAUUCUUCUGCCAGAGAACAAAAGCUGCAGUCUGGGUUUCUCGGAAAGUUAAAGCCUACGUAAGUGGCUAUGGAUCUGGCAGAAAAAAACAUCAGUUCUCAUCUGUAUCACCGUACUGUCCUAUUGGCAUCUUAAUUUCCAUAACAAGGUUCGUUCUGGAAAUAUCUUGCCAUGGUCAUGUUUUUCCACCCACUCGCUUAGCUAUACUUCAAGGAAGUGAUCACUAAGCCAAGCUUUGGCACCCAGAGAUGGCCAUGCUGUGAAUGCGCGGUCCCGAUUUUCACAAAAGCCUUCUCAGCGUGGCCUAAGAUGCACUGGCAAUCUCUUUUACCUACCUGGAUUUUGUCUAUUGUUUUGAGUAUAGCACUUAUAAAUUAAAUAUAGUAUGCCGACUACAUGACUAUGGGCUGGUCUCCAUGGAGGUAGAAUCAGAACUAUAAGGUUUCUUGAAAAGUUUAAUCUUCAUGGAUUUUUGCUUUACUGUUAUGUAAAUAUGUGACAUUUAAAAACUGUUUUCAUAAUUAAUUUUUUCAACAAAAAAAAAUUUAAGAGGCUGAAAAAACGGAUGACCCCCUUUCGAAUUUGGGGAGAGUAACGACUGGAAAACAAGAACAACCGCAGAGGCCACCGGGUGGGAAUGGUACAACCCAGAAGAACGACAACACCAGAGUAGUCCCCGUGACCAAAAAACACACCCGACCGAGCCCUAAGCCCCCAGAGGGCACGACGGAUCUCUUUCGAUAUAUGAUUUACAUCUUGCCCGUCGUCAUUAACAUCGGAC